AGUGUUUGGGUAGAAUUGAAAUAAAGCAAAGCACAAUAAAAACAAAAUGACAAAUAACUUUAAAGAUUUUGAUAAAAACUCAUCCGAUGAGGAUUCAUCUGGCUUCAAUGAUUCGAGUGAAAGUGAAUUAUCAGAUGACAACGCGAAUGAUCUAGACCAAAAUGAAAUGAGUGAAGAUGAAGCCAGUGAUAAUAAAGUAGAAGAGGAAGAAGAUGAUGAUGAUGAAGAUGAAGUUAUUAAAGCAAUAAAAGCUGAAAAAAACAAGCCCAGAGAUCACCCCCCAACUAUAAUAUGUGAAGAUUUUAUUGUUGAUAUAUCACUUCACCCUUCCAAGAAUUUAGUAGCAAUUGCAAAUAUUGUGGGAGAUGUAUUAUUAUAUGAAUAUAACAAUGAUGAGACAAAACUUCUGAACACGUUGGAACUUCAUCUUAAAGCCUGUAGAGAUAUAGAGUUUGAUAAUGAGGGAACCACCUUAUAUUCAACAGCUAAGGAUAAGACCAUAAUGGCCACUGAUGUUGAAUCAGGAAAGCUAAAAAGAUGUUAUGAAAAUGCACAUGAUGAACCAGUUUAUAGACUUGUCAAUCUGGAUAAUAAUAAAAUUGUUACUGGUGAUGAUGGAGGUACAGUUAAGUUAUGGGAUAUGAGAAAGCCAGAUCCUAUAUUUAGUAUCAAAAUUGGUGAAGAACAUGUCUCUGAUAUGAUAACUAAUGAUGCUCAGAAGUAUUUAGUUUGUGCCAGUGGAGAUGGUAUUCUCACCUCUAUUGAUCUUAAAGGAAGUAAAAUAUUCACUACGUCAGAAGAAUAUGACUCAGAAUUAACUUGCUUAGGACUAUUUCGAUCAGAUACUAAGCUUCUUGUAGCUUCAUCUAUUGGAAAAUUAUAUUUAUUUAAUUGGAAAGAGUUUGGACUUCACAGUGAUGAAUACAUUGGACAAAAACAUGCCAUCCAGUGCAUGGUACCUAUUACCCAAAAUAUAGUAGUUACAUCAGGUGAAGAUGGUGUACUGAGAGCUGCACACAUGUUCCCACAACGUCAACUAGGUGUAGUGGGCCAACAUAGGCUUCCUGUAGAACGUCUCGACAUAAGUCAUGACGGCCAAUAUAUUGCUUCAUGUUCACAUGACAACGAUGUUAAAUUUUGGAAUAUAUCUUACUUUGAAUCUAUUGAUUCCAUUAUAGAUGUUAAUCAUAAACAAAAUAAAAGAAGAGACCUUAGUAAUAACUUACCAUCAAGUAGUAUAAAAAAUGCGGCAGAUUUCUUUUCUGGUUUAGUUUAAGACUAAGUUUAUGCACAUAUAAUAUUGCGAAAGUUGGUUUUUUUAUUUGAGUAAUAAUGAAUAAAUGUGUAUAUUUACAAAAAUACUUUUAAUCAAUAUCAUAGUCAGUAGGAGAAAUAGAUAAUCUUAUAACCCCAAACUCGUUACCAAUGAAGCACUAUAAAAACUCGGCUACCUACUUGAGGUAGUGGAGAUUUCAAUCAACCACCUUCCAAUGGCAUCAUCCUACUAGGCUAAUGACUCAAUGAUAUCAUAUAUAUGUCACCGGA